GAAGAUGGAUUUAGUGAACAUAUCCCUGCAAAACUUACUUCAGCAGCACUACAGCUGCUUCUGCAGCUGUAGUAUCGGCCAAGAAGUAAGCAACCGUUUUGGUGUUGUCACUCAAAAUAUGUUGCUGAAGAAUUCAGCCAAGCACACAGGGUCCCUACUUUUUAGAAGCAGUGCGAGAUACCGAAUUCUGAGUAGGAGCUUAGAGUCAAAAUCAGAGCAUCUUAGUAUGAGGGGUCGUGGAAGUAUUGAUAUUGUGAGAAGUACCGGAAGCCCUUGGCUUCCGGUACUCUCUACAAAAUCAGACUAUAGCCCUAAGGACUCCAAAAACACUGAAGAUGUUCAUGAAGAUAAAUCGUUAUUGCCUUUUCAAGAUACUACCAAGAGAGGGACUUCUUCUCUGGUGCAACAACUCGGAGAAAAUAACGAUAAAAUUGUGAUGUUCCUUCAGAAAUACAUCAGGAAAACCAAGGUGUUCAGCAAAGAGAGGACUAAGGUGCUUGAAGCAGUCCAGAGAUACCUCUCUCUAAGCUCAACAAGUCCUGAAUUUAUAAUGAUCCCAUCAACUCCGAAGAAAGAGAUCCGAAUUGGAGGCUUUGCCUCCAAGUAUCGCGGCUCUAUCUUCAGAGGAGUUAGCAUGAACGGGAGCAAGUGGCAGGUGUUCUAUACUUAUAAAAACAAGAAGUAUUAUAUUGGCAUUGUUCCAACAGAAGAAGAGGCUGCUGGACUUCAUGACCUCUUCGAAAUUUUUCAUUAUGGAUUAAAAAGCAAGACCAACUAUGACUACACUAAAUCUCAGGUCUGGGAAAUACUCUCACAACUGGAAAAUAUUGUCAAGCUUAAGCUAUAA